AUGACGUCCGUAUACGCCAAUGGCUCUGCCAAGGCGGCCUACUCCUCAUCUUCUGCGACGACGACUGCCCUGAGCCGAUGGAGCAUCGCGACGAAGCAGCUUCCGGCCGUCGAUAAGAUCAAGUCGCUCCACAUCUACGACUUUGACAACACCCUCUUCAAAACUCCCUUGCCGAACCCCGCACUAUGGAGCGGUCCUACGAUCGGCGUGCUGUCAAGCCAAGACGUCAUCUGCAACGGCGGCUGGUGGCACGACUCCCGAAUCCUCGCAGCGACGGGCGAGGGCGCCGACAUUGAAGAGAAGCGCGCGUGGGAGGGCUGGUGGAACGAGAAGAUCGUCGAGCUGGUGAAGCUGAGCAUCAAGCAGAAGGACGCCCUGUGCGUGCUGCUGACGGGCCGCUCCGAGCGAGGGUUUGGGGAGCUCAUCAAGAGGAUGGUUCAGAGCAAGGGCCUCGAGUUCGACAUGAUUGGCCUCAAACCCGCCGUCAGCCCGACGAACCAGCACUUCUCAAGCACGAUGCACUUUAAGCAGCUCUUCCUGGCGGCCGUCAUGGAGACGUACAAGAACGCCGAUGAGAUCCGCAUCUACGAGGACCGCCCGAAGCACGUCAAGGGGUUCAGAGACUUCAUGACCGAGUACAACCGGAAGCAGAACAUGAACGCGACGCGCACGCGCGGCCCGAUCACGGCAGAGGUGGUUCAGGUGGCGGACCUGUCAACGACGUUGGAUCCCGUGGUUGAGGUUGCCGAGGUGCAGCACAUGAUCAACCUCCACAACGAGGAGAUUGCGAAGCAAUCCAGCGACGUCCGCCCGAACCGACUGAUGGUUAAGAAGACUGUCUAUUUCACGGGCUACAUGAUCAGUAAAGAAGACACGGCGCGCCUGAUGAAGCUGGCCCAAAUUCCCUCCGGCAUGCCCGAGCAGGAGCUCAAGUUCCACGCCAACAACAUCCUCAUCUGCCCGCGGCCCUGCCCCGCCAGCAUCCUGGAAAAGGUCGGUGGCAUGGGAAGCAAGAUGAAGUGGGAGGUCACCGGCACGGCCUGCUUCGAAAACAGCAUCUGGGCAGCCAGUCUGCGGCCGGUCCCCGCCACCGCAAAGUUCCACACGGACAACCCCUCCCCGCUCGUCGUUCUUGCCCUGCGCAAGGGCGCGCGUCCCGUCGACGCCGGCAAGAUCCAGAACUGGCAGCCCGUCCCCCCGGAAAAGGCCAUGACCUUUGAGACGACGGUCGGCGAGAAAAUGAUCCUCCGCAUCGAGCCCGAGGACCCGCGCGAGGACGAGUACGAAUCGCUCUUCGCCAACAAGUCUUCUAAGCGGAAACAUGAUGGCGGCGACUACUCCCGCGACCACCACCGCCACGGGAACAACCCCUACAACGGGCGCAACGAGCGCCGUGACUUUCACUCGGGAGGAGGAGGGCGUGGCCAGGGCCGUGGCGGUCACCGAGGCGGAGGCGGUAGGCGCGGCGGAGGCCACCGUGGGAAUGGCAAGGGCGGACGCGGCGGCCGAGGCAUGCACGGCUACCGCUCGCUCGACGACGUCGAGCCGCGGAACCAGCAAGGAGGCUACGGCCAGCCUGUUGAGUAUGACGACAACAGCUACCCAUCCCUCCCCACGCAGCCGCAACAGCAGCAGCAGGGCGGCUUCCAAGGACAACAACAGCAGUACCAGCCACCCCAUAACACGUGGCAGCAGGGCCCUCCACCGAACGCACCAACGGGCCCGUCUGGGCGCCCCAUGGGGGGCGGCAACUACGGAGGCGGCGGCGGUGGCGGAAGCGACCUGCAGAACUACUACUAG